GAUGCGCGUGCAGCCGUUUGUGCGCGAGCGCUCUCGGGGGAUGAGAGCGUGACCCCGCCUCUCCGCUUCCUGCGCGAGCAGCUUCACCCUUUCCGUUUUUGCCGCCUUCAAACUCACGUGCGUCAUUAACGGCAGCACGAGGGAGCCCUGGUGUGUAGAGCGUGAUUGUGUUCAAGAGGGUGGAGGAUGCGGCGACUGAUCCGGCGGCGUGACAACGUCACCAUGGCGACCCAGUGUUUGCUUCUGGCAUCUGACCUCUGACCUUCUGCUGAAGAUGGCAACCCAGAGGACACACCUGGUCAAGGACUUUAACCGCUACAUCACCUGCUCUGUGUGCCGAGGUUACCUGAUCAAACCCACCGCCGUCACCGAGUGCCUCCACACCUUCUGUAAGAGCUGCAUUGUCCAACACUUUGAGGAGAGUAACGAGUGUCCUGAAUGUGGCAUUCAAGUCCAUGAAACCAAUCCUUUAGAGAUGCUGAGGUUGGAUAAAACGCUGGAGGAAAUCAUCUUUAAGCUGGUGCCUGGACUAAGAGAGAAGGAGGAACAACAGGAAAUGGAUUUCUGGAGGAAAAACAAAUCAAGAGCUAAUGGUGAAGAAGGACCUAGGGCUAAAAGGGCUCGUGUGAGUGAGGAAGAAGAGGACAGAGAGGAAGGUGAAGGAGGUGAUUUUCACAGGAACGACCCACAGAUCGCUAUCUGCCUGGACUGCCUGAGGAACAACGGCCAAUCAGGAGAGAGCACUGUGAAGGGUCUGAUGAAGAAGUUUAUCCGCUGCUCCACUCGUGUCACUGUCGGUACCAUUAAGAAGUUCCUUUGUGUGAAGCUGAAGCUGCCGAGCUCUUAUGAGCUGGACGUUUUGUGUAAUGGGGAGAUCAUGGGGAAAGACCACACCCUGGAAUUCAUUUACCGAACCCGCUGGAGACUGCAGGGUGACACAGAGUAUCCCAUGGUGCUCGAGUAUCGACCUCGCAUCGACUUUGGAUAAAACACAGAGCGAGAGAUGGAGCGAGAGAUGGAGCGAGAGAUGGAGCGAGAGAUGGAGCGAGAGAGAGAGCGAGAGAGGGAGCGAGAGAGAGACAGAGGAAUAAACAGACAGAAAGUUCCUCAUCAUUCACCUAUUACUUAUUCCUGAUUGACAGGUCAUGGCUCCUCCCCCUGUGACACACUCCAUGGACAGAAUAAAAAAAAAACAUGAAGCACUUCAGAAAUGCACUUAUGUCAAGUUUAGGACGAGAGAAAGUGUGUGUGUGUGUGACGUCUUCCAUUUUUUAUAUUGGUGAAGACGAAGGAAAUUCGGAAAGAUCUAGAAGCGUAAAUAAACAAACGUGCCUCUUUUGUACACACACACACACACACACACACACAUACAAUGAAAGAUGGCAGACAUUUUGUUGUGAAACUUUUUUUUAUUUUAAAGCUCAUCACUGCUGAAAGGUCACUUAUUCUGAUGAGCAGCAGCUAGUUAGCAUUAGCAUAAGAGAAUCAUGCUAACCGGUUUCCACUGGUUUCUUCCAUUCACUGUUAGCCAUGUUAGCAUGUAUUAUUAUUAUUAUUAUUAUUAUUAUUAUUAUUAUUAUUAUUAUUAUUGAUAUUCCAGGUCUGUAAGCUGUGUCUAAAAUCACGUCUGUCCUUGUGUUUGUUAAAUUAACUGAAGUCUGGCUUCCUUAAUCACAUCUUCUUCUUCAUCAUCCUCCUCCUCCUCCUCCUCUAACGUUUGAUUAAUGAGCCAGCCGAGAGAUGAAGAACCCAAACAAAGCUGUAUUUUUGUAACUCAGUGACUCGUGUACUGAUGAGGUUUGAUGUUUUUAAUAAUCAGAGAUGCUGCUGCUGUUUAGAGUAAUUUAUUCUUCUCUAUUUUGAAAUAUAUUUGUGCUCCUUCUGUUUAAAACCGCACGUGACGGCUGUAUGUGACGUGACAUCUUUACUGUUUCAUUACUGCGAAGAUUAAAAACAUUCAAAUUUAUUGUUUCUCUUUUUCUGAGUUAAUAAGGAGGUUUUGGUGUCAUAAUUACGUCAUUGUUUAUAUCCACGUGGUGUUGUGUUCUGUCAGCGGUCACAACUAACACUGUACUUAAUGUUUAAAUAUAAUAUAUUUUAAUAUCGGCUCUGUACGCGUCCCUGUGAACGAUCUGUUACUAUGGAAACGACGGUGUAUAAGAGUGAAACCUGAUCUACAGUCAGAGCUGCUGUUAGAGAGAAUUCAUCAACACACACACACACACACACACACACACACACACACACA